CAUUUUCAAAAAUUUUAUAAUAAAACACUUAUAAAGUAAACCUUUCUUCAAUUGUGAAAUUAUUUGCAUAUCAAAUGAUAGUUAUGGAAACCUAACCAUUGGAAAAUCGUCAUUGCUUUUGACUUAAGUGUAUGUGCACCGAAUUGUGUCACUAGGAAACUUAUUUAUUUUUCUACGUAAAUAAAAAUUAAUGCUACAAACUGUGAAAUUCAAACAAAAAUGAAACAUCUCGUCGUGCUUUGCAUAUUUUCACUCUUUGCCAAAGAUGCACAAACAUUGCUGUUAAGCAAAACGGAUUGGAAGAAUCUGCGCAACAGUGGGGCCUUGGACCUAAAUGUAUUGCGUUGCUUCUUGCGCGACAAAAACUUCUGCCCCAGUCCACAUAUUGAUCACCGACUGUACGCUCCCAAUGGGCCGCGACGAGGAACUCCGUUGAAUGUCAAGAACCCGUUGAGUUUAUAUAAGGGCGGAUUCAGUAAGAGCCGCGAAACAGUUUUUAUUAUUCACGGUUUUAAUGGAACCGCCAUCGACAUUCACCUACAAUUUCUCAGGGAUGCAUACUUAUCCCGCGACUUUAACGUUAUCACCGUGGACUGGCGACCCUUGACCCGAUAUCCGUGCUACCUCCACUCGCUGAUCAACACCAGACUCACGGCGCAGUGCACCGCCCAGAUCUACGCCUUUCUGACCCACUACGGAGCUGUUCGGGAGCGGAUCACUUGCGUGGGCCACUCCCUGGGCGCCCACAUCUGCGGCAUGAUCAGCAACCACCUGACGCGGAAGCAGUACCGCAUCAUCGGACUAGAUCCCGCCCGGCCUCUGAUAGAGCGCAACAAGAGCAACACCUUCCGGCUGACGAUCGACGACGCUAGUGUCAUCCAGGUGAUCCACACCAAUGCAGGAUUCCUGGGGCAGGAGGACAACACCGGGCACCUCAACUACUGCGUCAACGGAGGACGCAUCCAGCCUUUCUGCAAGGGGAAUCCCAUCAGAAGGUCCCGCUGCUCUCAUUUCCUGAGCAUCUGCUACUUGGCCACGGCCACUUUCAAGCACAAGAAGUUCAUGGGGGUUCCUUGUCCCAACGGCUGCCUGAAUCUCAGUGGAUCAAAGAGACUGCCCGUUAGCGGAAAAGUUAAUCCCUUCGAGUUCGCCUCGCUGUUGAGGGAGUACCACAUGGGUAACGACGCCCCCGAUGACGCCCGAGGCUGCAUUUGCAUAGAUGUGCCGUAUGCCAAGCACUGCCCCUUCACGGACGCGGAGCAGCUGGUCUUCAGUAGGUCGUAAUUCUCUAAUAGAACUGUUGAUAAUAAAUUUUAAAGAAAUUAU